AGCACCUCCCUUUUAAUAGAGCCCAGCAGGCUUUAUCAGCCAGUGCCUUCUGCCGGGGAAGCCAGCUGCUAUUUUUAGAGAAGGCUGAACACUUCCCACAGCUUAGAUUCAAAAACUGCCUAACCUAACGAGUUCUGCAGGGCACGAUUUCUGCUGAUUCACGUAUUUUUGCCCUUUGUCGUGUAUGGAAAGAAAGGAAGGAUGAAUGGACGGUCUUUGAUUGGCGCUGCUGAUGAUGCCUAUCCUGGUCCUCUUUGGAGGGGCCCUUUUGGAAAAAAAACUGGUGAGGCAGCAUACAGAGGCUCCCCCUGGCUAACCUUGGCCCUGGUCCAGGGGCCGGCAGAACAGGAGCCAGAAGAGACAUCCAUGGAUGACAACCCCACUGCAGUUAAAUUGGACCAGGGUGGAAAUCAGGCUCCACAAGGUCGAGGCAGAAGACGCUUCCCCAAGGCACUUGGCUAUAUCACUGGUGACAUGAAAGAAUUUGCCAACUGGCUUAAAGAUAAACCCCAGGCUCUCCAGUUCGUCGACUGGGUUCUUCGGGGGAUAUCCCAAGUUGUGUUUGUCAGCAACCCCAUCAGUGGAAUCCUGAUUCUGGUGGGACUCCUGGUCCAGAAUCCCUGGUGUGCCCUCAAUGGCUGCGUGGGAACAGUGGUCUCCACCCUGACAGCCCUGUUACUUAGUCAGGACAGGUCCGCCAUUACAGCAGGGCUCCAGGGCUACAACGCUACCCUGGUGGGGAUCCUCAUGACUAUCUAUUCAGACAAGGGAAACUAUUUCUGGUGGCUGUUAUUCCCUGUAUCUGCCAUGUCCAUGACUUGUCCAAUUUUCUCAAGUGCAUUGAGCUCCGUGUUCAGCAAAUGGGACCUCCCUGUCUUCACUCUGCCCUUCAAUAUGGCAUUGUCAAUGUACCUUUCUGCCACGGGACAUUACAAUCCAUUUUUCCCAAGCACCUUGAUCAUACCUGUCACCUCAGUUCCCAAUGUCACCUGGCCUGACCUCAGUGCCCUGCAGUUGCUGAAGUCCCUGCCCGUGGGUGUGGGUCAGAUAUAUGGCUGUGAUAAUCCAUGGACAGGGGCCAUCUUCCUAGGCGCCAUCCUCCUCUCCUCCCCACUCAUGUGCCUGCACGCUGCGAUCGGGUCCUUGCUGGGGAUAAUAGCAGGACUCAGUCUUUCAGCUCCAUUUGAGAACAUCUACGCUGGACUCUGGGGUUUCAACAGCUCUCUAGCUUGCAUUGCAAUUGGAGGAAUGUUCAUGGCACUCACCUGGCAAACCCACCUCCUGGCUCUUGCCUGUGCCCUGUUCACUGCCUACCUGGGAGCCAGCAUGUCACACCUCAUGGCUGUGGUCGGAUUGCCAUCUUGCACCUGGCCCUUCUGUUUGGCCACACUACUGUUCCUCCUGCUGACCACAAAAAACCCCAACAUCUACAAGAUGCCCAUCAGUAAAGUCACUUAUCCUGAGGAAAACCGCAUCUUCUACCUACAAUCCAGGAAAAGGACGGUUCAAGGCUCUUUGUGAACACAACCCCCAUCCACAGCCAUGGUCACAAGUCAUUUCUGACGAGCUGCCCCAGUGGACUUCCAGAGCUUCAAAACUGUUGUUUUCACUAGUAACAGAUUUCAUACUAAACCAUCAGUGAUGUGUUCUUAUGCUCAUUCUGUAUCUCUUUCAGACUCCAGAACAUCCCUAAACAAGUCACAAGACUCACCAAGGUGAUGUGCUCUGGCUGUGGAAUUUUAAAGCCUAGUGGGGCACUGGCACUAAGACUGUACUAUAUUUAUAGAGUCAGAAUGUUCCAAAAAAAAGAGGAAGGAAAACCAAAGCUAGUUAUUGAUAUUUAUUGAUAUUCUUGGUGUUUGAUUGUACAUGAUGUUAACAGUGUUAAUUAAAAAUUCAUCUCUAUAAAACCAAUCUCUUACAAUCUCUAUAAGCCUUAAGUGAAUGGAAUUCACAGUCACAAAAUCAAAGUCAGCCUAGGAUUCUCAGAUAAGCCUUUGGGCAUAUUUAAAAUCAGUGCAAGUUACUCAUUACGGCUGUGGUCCACAUCACAGGGCCCAUCACUGAACUCCUUCCCCAGCUCCUCAACAGAACGGCCUCCACACUGUCCAAUAUGUGUGUGACAUUCUCUUACAGGAGAUGGUGGGUUUGUUUCAGGCUGGCAGAGCUGCAGGAGAGAGAAUGGGAUCCCGUCCAUCAAAAUUACUCUGUAUUGUCACUUUUCUUGGUUAUUGCAAAGGAUUUUUUUAGGUAGCUUAUUAUCUUUUCAUUGUGAGAAUGGAUUUGUUUUCAGUGAGGUAAAAUAAAAGAAGUCCUGGCUCUAUCAGUUCCUAGAUAUUAAAGAAAAGUUAAAUUUUUCUAAAAUAUUCAGCAUAGCUAUUUUCACUUUAUUCCCUAAAUUGCUUCUGUAAAGGCCACAAAAGCAGGGGAUCAAAUAUCAAAUCAUCAACAUCCAAGGGCCCUUUAAAGCCACAUUUUCAAUUCAUCUAAGGGUGUCAUGUAUUACAAAGACUGAAAGUUAAUGUCAGAUUGCUUCUGAGUGCUUAGAAGUUGCUUAAUUCUUACUUUAAAAAAAAUUCACUAUUUCCUAAACACUCACAAUAUUCUGACUCAAAAACCAAUGGUAUUUGAACCACCAGAAAGAAAUACAGAUAAAAAAGUCACCAGUUUUGCUUCGUUUGUGUAAGCUAUCAGUCCUGUAAAGAUUCUAUAACCGAACAUGCUGAAUACAGCAGUGGGAAGCUUUGGAAUUUUAGAGGAUUGGAAAGUGAAAUUGGAAUCCUAAAAGGUUUUUUCUUCUUUGAGUUUGAAAUAGUCAGUGCAAACUAUAGGAACAGAAGGGAAGUAAACCUACAAUUAUUUUAGAGAAAAGUUCACUUCUUCAUUUUCUCAGGAAAACACUGUUUCAACUUAAAAACCCUGUGACCUUUGGAAACUAUGACUUUGCAACUGUCAUAGAGUCAUGUAUAUUUUUGUGGAAAAACUAAAUUUUCAGUGUUUGAAAAAUCUCUUUUGUUAGGGAAUUUGAGAAAUAAGAGUUAGGAAGGGACGGACAAAAAGGCAAGCAAACCAAAGAUCACCAGCCCUGGAGACCCUGUGCAUGGCUAAGUUAGCCAGAGACUCCUACUGUCUCCAAGUCCAUCUUCACAUGAAAGCCCUUGUGGGCUGACUUUCUUCCCAUGCCCUCACACAGACUUGUAAAUAGAAACAGUUUCAAACCUUGUAAGUUGUCUAAAUAGUAUUCAUUUUCUCAAGCUAUUUUUGUUACUAAGUAUUAUCCUAAUAAUUUUAGCAAAUAUUUUAUUGAUUUUCUUAGGGGGCAUUUGUAUUCUUUUCUAUUGCCUGCAUAGUAAAUUUCUAUGUAAGAAUAUGAAUAAAUUAUACUCACA